AUGCCACAUGGGCUACAGCAACCCGGAGCGGGAGGCUUCAACCUUGGCCAGGACAGCAGUGGAGCGCGUGCUGCACCAUCCCCCGAGGCUUCAAGCAGUUCUCCUGCCCCGUACGACCCUCAGGCAGCCCUGCAGCACAUCCCUGCCGAGGUUGAAGGCCCAGAGGCCCCUCUGGGCCAGCAAGGGACACCACAGCCCCCUGCUGCGCCUCCUGCAGCUGCAGCUCUGGUGGUGGCCAUCCUCCUGGGCUUCCUGCUGCCCCAGGAGGUGGAGAAGGCGAAGAAGAAGCAAAAAGAUGCCACAGAGAAAGGGGCGGGAGGGCGCGCGAGCAAGACUGCAUCGUCAACCAAACCUGCAUCACCUCCGCAGCGACACUCCCCACCUCGGCCACCACCACGCAGUUCAAAACAGCAGGAUUUGCAAAAGGCUCUGCGAGCGCCGCCGCCGCCCCCAUCACCGAAGGCCGCACGCGAGCAAGCGAGAGCCACAAAGAAAGGGGCGGCGGCGGCGGCGCUCCCAGAGCCUUUCGCGGAUCCCGCUGCUUCGAAGUGCGUGGUGGUGGCCGAGGUGGAGAGGUCGCUGUGGAGGAGGCUGGCUGUCAAGGCCAAGGAGAUGGAGGCUGCUGUGCACGAGCACAAGAUGGAGAAGGUGAUGGCACCAAUGCGCCCAUAUGGGAUGCAAUCUCUGAUCCUGAACCAAUAA